UCCCUUCCACCACAACCACGCAUGGUCUCCCCGCCCAAAAAUGGCAGCUGCUUCUUUUACUACACCAAAGAUCACCUCUCCGACUCUCCAAUCUCUCUGCAAGAAGCUCCCCCUCGCAAUCCCUUUCUCUUCCUCCUUUCUCUCUCUUCCCAAAACCCUAACCUCGUUCCCUCCUCGUCCCCUCAAUCUUCAUCACUCCCUUCCCAAUCGACGUCAUUUCACCGUUCGAGCAGACUCCGAUAAUGGCGCCGAACCUGCUCGCCACUACGAUUUUGACCUCUUCACCAUUGGCGCCGGCAGCGGAGGCGUCCGUGUCUCUCGCUUCGCCGCUAGUUUCGGUGCUUCUGUUGCUAUCUGUGAACUUCCGUUCUCCACCAUAUCCUCUGAUACCACAGGAGGUUUCGGCGGCACGUGUGUCCUUCGUGGUUGCGUACCAAAGAAACUGCUCGUUUACGCUUCAAAAUAUUCUCAUGAUUUGGAUGAGAGCGGUGGCUUUGGAUGGAAGCAUGAGACUGAACCAAAGCAUGAUUGGAGCACUUUAAUGGCUAAUAAAAAUGCCGAGUUGCAGCGCCUUACUGGUAUCUACAAGAAUAUGCUAAACAAUGCUGGUGUCACAUUAAUUGAGGGCCGUGGAAAGAUUGUAGACCCACACACAGUUGAUGUUGAUGGAAAACUCUACUCAGCACGACACAUAGUAAUUUCAGUUGGAGGUCGCCCCUUCAUUCCUGAAAUUCCUGGAAGUGAAUAUGUGAUUGAUUCGGAUGCUGCACUUGAUUUGCCCUCAAAGCCUGAGAAAAUUGCAAUAGUUGGUGGAGGUUACAUUGCCUUGGAGUUCGCUGGUAUAUUCAAUGGUUUGAAAAGUGACGUCCAUGUAUUUAUACGGCAGAAAAAAGUAUUAAGGGGAUUUGAUGAAGAGGUCAGAGAUUUUGUUGCACAAGAAAUGACUCUAAGAGGAAUUGAGUUCCAUGUGGAGGAGUCACCUCAGGCUAUUAUUAAAUCAGCAGAUGGUUCCCUGUCACUGAAGACCAACAAAGGAACAGUUGAGGGUUUCUCACAUAUCAUGUUUGCAACAGGACGCAGGCCUAAUACAAAGAACUUGGGAUUGGAGAAAGUGGGGGUAAAAAUGACCAAGAAUGGAGCAAUAGAGGUUGAUGAAUACUCAUGCACAUCAGUUCCUUCCAUUUGGGCAGUUGGAGAUGUUACAGAUAGAGUGAAUUUGACUCCAGUUGCUUUGAUGGAAGGAGGAGCAUUGGCAAAAACUCUGUUUCUGAAUGAGCCAACAAAACCAAAUUAUAGAGCAAUUCCAUCUGCUGUGUUUUCCCAGCCACCAAUUGGACAAGUUGGUAUUACUGAAGAACAGGCUAUUAAAGCAUAUGGUGAUGUUGAUAUCUACACAGCAAACUUUAGGCCUUUGAAAGCCACUCUCUCAGGGCUUCCAGAUCGGGUUUUCAUGAAAUUAAUAGUCUGUGCAAAGACAGACAAAGUUCUGGGGUUGCACAUGUGUGGAGAAGAUGCAGCAGAAAUUGUGCAGGGAUUUGCUGUUGCUGUCAAAGCUGGCUUGACUAAAGCAGACUUUGAUGCUACCGUAGGUGUUCACCCAACAGCUGCUGAGGAGUUUGUCACAAUGAGGAAUCCUACACGACGGCAUCGAGGUCCUCCUUCUGAGGGAAUGGCAGGUCAGGAGGUUAAAGCUGCUGCAGGGGUUUAGUGCAAGUCAUGCUGUACCAUAGAGCAACUCCUUUAUGGUAGAGACUGAGAAAUUGCUGGUGAAAUAUCUGUGUCGAAUCUGAAGUCAAUAGUGAUUUGUGAUCGAUGGCUGAUGAGGAUGCAUUGAUGGCGAAGUUGUCCUGUUGGGAUUUUGGAGUAACAAGAGGAAAAGUUAAUGUUACUUUUGGAAGGAAUGUGUAUCAUAUUGCUGGAAUUGGCUAAUAGGUUUCGGCUUCUGGACGAGAAUCAGCAUGAACUGUGAUCUGAGACUCGAAUCCAGUUCCAAAAUAUUUUUUGGAGCUCAUUUUCUUUCUUUCAGUUUUGCAUACCACAUCACAAGACAGUUCAUCUGUUAUGCUUAUAGAUGUAUAAUUUUCACUUCCUGUCAAUACUUUUUACUAUUUCUCGCCUGCUUUUUUAUUUAUUAAUAUUUUCAUUUUUCCUUUUAUUUUUCUGAGAAUGGACUGCUAGUGCUUGGAGAAUAAUAUAAUUUGGUUUAUUCGGUUAAUUCAA